UCUAAAUAUGUGUUUCAACUGUCUCAAUGCCGUGAACUUUGAUUUGGGACCAUGGAACCUCAAUAUGUGUUAUUCUUGUAUGAUCGGCUUAGGGUCGAGACUAUCCGUUACCUCGAUGAUUAUAUUAAAAGCGGAAGAGGCACAUUGGCUGAACUUAAAGACCGCUUCCGCCAAACUCUCCCUGAAGAAGAACGAAGAAGAGUCAGAAAUGUAAAAAAACUUGUGGAUACCUUGGAAGAACAAGGUUUAUUAGGAGACAACAAUGUAAAGCUUUUAAAAUCGUUAGCUGAGAAGCUUGAAUUACCAGAACUUAAGCACAAAAUUGAGGAAUUCGAAACGGAGUCUUCAGGAAUAUUCCAGAGAACAGUCGAUGUUGCAGGAAGAGCUGCAGGUUUUAUGUGGCAAACGUUUAAAGGAGGAGUAUGUACCUCAGCCAUACAUUUGAAAACUGUGUUGUCAAUAAAAGGAGUUCAAAUAGCCUUGGCAGGUGCAGCUCUUGUAUAUAUGUAUGGGACGAAUCCCGAAAAACUGAAAGAUCUUCAACCAUUUGUGGAAUACGGGACUCAACUAGUUGCAAUCUUUAGAGGCUCGGUUGUUUUCGUCUUAAAAGUCUCAAGUAUUUCAUCACUAAAACGGUUAUGGCAAAGCUACAAGGAUGGCUCGUUGGAAGAAAAAAUGAAAAAAAACCUUCAAUGAGAUGAAGGGAUUGAGGGAAGUGAGCCAUGGA